UGCGGUAACUUACCCGUAACAAUUCCUAGACAUCGUGCUGUACCAUUUCUGGAGGUGAUAUGUUUUCUAAUUACCACCAGUGCAUUUUUUCAGCAUUCAGUUGCUUUCAUCGUUGCUAAAUUCCGGACCACGCUAUUAUUCUGCCGGGCACUGUAAUCCGUCGCUGCCACUGAGCAGCUACUAUAUCGCAGGAUUCGCUGGUGCACCGGAGCUUGCUUUAUCAUCGACGUCAUCAUCGUCACAGCUUCCGACACCGAUUGAAGAAACUUAUUCUUGGGGCAGUGCCGGUGAAGAGCACUCAAACAGCAACACUCCUAAUGUUAGUUUGCUGAUUUUUGCUAAAACACAUAUUAUCGCAAUAAUAUACCGCGGCUACUUAGAAAACAAACGGCGUGAUUAUUCUAUAUUGGUGAUGUUACUGGGAUGCUCCCAUGGAUGUAGAAGUGCCAGUCCCUCUGGUCCUAAACUUCAUGUUAGCAGCUGUUGCACGACGGCAGUGAUUGGCUGUUUUGAUAAAAUUUACACCACUUACCUUGGAAAUCAUAUUUUUUAAUA